UAUAUAAAGAAAAAGAAAAAAAAAAAUCACACAGAUUCCCAACGCACCAAUUUAAACGGAAGGGCCAAGGUUCACAGAAAAAAGAGGACGAAGAGCUUAAACAUAGCAUAAUGCAUAAAUCCUUGAUCGUUUCAAUCUAUGUUCUUUACGCUCUGUUCCUUCCAUUAGGCAUGCUAAAAUGCGUUCUUGGCGAAGAAGGGUUCUGUUCUGCCCCACCUGCAUACGCCGAUUCAAGCUCGCAACCUCUCUAUUGGAAAGUUACCAAUCCUACACUUUCCCCCGAACACCUUCAAGACUUACCGGGUUUUACUCGUAGCGUGUAUAAGAGUGAUCAUGCUGUUAUUACUCCUGAAAGUCAUGUCUUCAGCCCCCUACCUGACUGGACUAAUACGCUAGGAGCAUAUCUGAUCACCCCAGCGAUGGGGUCACAAUAUGUAAUGUACUUAGCAAAGAUGCAAGCAAAUUCAAAGUCAGGACUACCUCCAAAAGAUGUUGAGAGGUUCAUAUUCGUGGUUCAGGGUAUGGUGACAUUCACAAAUAUGUCAGGGAUGAGCCACAGGCUGGUGGUGGAUUCAUACGCAUAUCUUCCUGCUGGGUUUGAACAUUCUCUUAUGUGUGACACAUCAGCCACCCUGGUGGUAUUUGAGCGAAGGUAUGCUAAUCUGGAAAGUUUUAUCCCCGAGCCUGUUGUUGGAUCAACGGACAUGCAGCCACUUCUGGAGACUCCAGGCGAGGUGUUUGAGCUCAGGAAACUACUGCCUACAUCAGCUCCUUAUGACUUUAAUAUCCAUAUCAUGGAUUUCCAACCUGGAGAGUAUCUUUAUGUGAAGGAGGUCCAUUAUAAUCAACAUGGCUUGUUGCUUUUAGAGGGACAAGGCAUCUAUCGCUUGGGUGAUUCCUGGUACCCUGUACAAACGGGUGAUGUAAUUUGGAUGGCACCAUUUGUUCCACAGUGGUAUGCAGCACUUGGGAAAACUCGGUCCCGGUAUAUGAUAUACAAGGAUGUGAACAGGAAUCCACUGUAAAGUUUACAAUCAGCAAAAAUGCAAUACAAAGUCAGUUUCAUGAUAUGAUUCCAAGGACAAGGGAACAACUUGUGUUCGAGAAGAGGUAUGAACUUGUCAAAACCAUAGGAGUGCAACUUCUAACUGUAAAAGGUUGUGCUGAGCAAAACCUUUGUCCUGAACUCGGUUCUAUUUAUCAACUUGCUUUUAAGCCAACUGGUGAAUAAUUCUACAAUUCAGUGUGUGCAUAACUACAUCAUGCUGUAGUAAAGAAAAGAGCAGGACUUGGACUUAGUAGGUGUGUCAGAUUUCUAUUUUCCUUUUUCCCUGGACAGUUAUCCGAGAAAUAGUUGAUUAAUAAUCAACAAAUAGUGGCAAAAUGCAUUGUUCAAAUCUCAGAUUGAUGUGAAAUUUGUGUAUGAACAUGUCUUGUGAUGUCCCUAUGUAUGGGAAGGUGUGGCAUGCACAUGUCUCUAUGUAUGAACUUGUCUCUUAUAUUUGUCCAUAUGUAUGUUGACAA